UACAAAACCUCGGACGCGGAGACGCGAUGGGCAGGUGGAAAGUACACAGGGUGGGUACGAUCAGCAUAUAAGGUAGGACAGGUCACUGUGACUAUCGUGCAACAGCGCAUCCUUCAACUACAUCGCCCAAGAUGAAGUACAUUCUUACCUCCGCGUUGCUCGCCUCUUCUGUCUUCGCCUCGGUCGUCCCAAGAGACAAUAAGAAGGUCGACUACAGUGGCUUCAAGCUUCUUCGCUUGGAAAACACUGCAGGCCUUGAGGCUAAGAUCGAAGAGCUUUCGGCCCAUGUGCUCAACCCCGGAAAGUCCGCUGAGCUCGAUGUCGUUGUGUCGCCCGAUAACAUCGCUGCGAUAACCUCGCUGGCGAAGAGCAAGGUCAUUAACGAUGACGUUGGCGCUAUCCUGGCUGAGGAGGGCGAGAUGAGCGUCUAUGCCGUUCCUAGUGAGAGCUGGUUCACUGCAUACCACACUUACGCGGAUCAUUUGACAUUCCUCCGAGACCUUCAGGCCGGUUACACAGGCAACUCUGAGAUCAUCACCUCGGGUUCUUCGGUACAGGGCCGUGUCAUCACCGGUAUCCACAUCUGGGGUUCCGGUGGCAAAGGAUCGAAGCCUGCUGUGCUCAUCCACGGCACAGUCCACGCCCGCGAAUGGAUCACCACUAUGAGCACAGAGUACAUGGCCUGGCAGCUGCUUACCAAGUACGCCUCGGAUGCGAACAUCAAGGCUGUCGUCGACAAGUUUGAUUUCUACAUCAUGCCCAUCGUCAACCCUGAUGGUUUCGCCUACUCCCAGACGAACGAUCGCCUCUGGCGCAAGAACCGCAAGACCAUCAGCGGAAACAGCUGUGUCGGCACCGAUAUCAACCGCAACUGGCCAUACAAGUGGGAGCUUACAAACGGAGCUAGCACCAACCCUUGCUCCGAGACAUACAAGGGCCAGGCUGCCGGCGAUACACCAGAGAACCGUGGUCUUACGGCUCAGGUUCAGUCACUCAAGAACUCGCGAGGUAUUCGCCUGUAUCUUGACGUCCACUCAUACGGACAGUACAUCCUCUGGCCAUACGGCUACGACUGCAGCGCCCGCCCCGAGAACGAUGCAGCGCACCGCACACUGGCUACAAACGCCGCGUCUGCUAUCCGCGCGGUCUCGGGUACUGCUUACACAAUUGGCCCUAGCUGUUCCACUCUGUAUGCCACUACUGGCUCUUCAACGGACUACACAGAUGUCACUGGUAACGCUACUUACUCCUACACCUACGAGCUCCGCGACAAGGGCACGUACGGCUUCUCGCUGCCCGCGAACCAGAUCCAGCCAACUGUCAGGGAGACAUGGGCUGGUGUCCUCAGCAUGUUCAGGGCUGCGUAGGGAAUCAACCAUAUUAUGUAAAUACCCC